UUUGUCAAAAAACCUAAAAAAAAUAAGUAGUGCCGCAAGGACUCACACGAAGGACACCAGUUUUCAUAGAUUUUAAUCGAGAAGCAUACGAAAACCCUCUAUUCUUUUUCAAACUAGGAGACAAUCCAUAGCUCGGAGAUCCAAACGCAGGAAAGCAUGGCAGCCAAUAGGGUUCAAGGUGGAAUUCAACAGUUGCUGACUGCAGAACAAGAAGCUCAACACAUAGUCAACUCUGCCAAAAGUGCAAAAACGGCUAGACUAAAACAAGCCCAAGAAGAGGCUGAAAAGGAGAGAGCUGAAUAUAGGUCCCAAACGGAGCUUGAGUUCCAGGGGAAAGUUGCACAGAGCAGUGGAGAUUCAGGUGCAAAUGUUAAGCGGCUCGAGCAAGAGACAGAGGCGAAGAUUUAUCACUUGAAAGUAGAAGCUGCAAGAAUAUCACAAGACGUUGUUAACAUGCUUCUGAAGCAUGUGACAACUGUGAAAAAGUAGGUCUGUAGGUGGUAAAGGUGAUAUUGCAAACUCCUAAAUCUUGUUAAUUUUUGACUGGUUUUACUGUGUGCUGUGAGUAGGAUUCCUGGACUUGUAA